UUAUUAAAAAAGAAAUUUAAUGGUGAUUCGAAAGGUGCAGAAGAAUAAAACUGAGCUUUGUUCAGCUGUCGGUCUUUAACAAGAAGAUGGCGACGACCAGGCUGGUGCUUAGACGUCUCGGUCAAAGUGUCCUCAGCGCCCCUUUAAAGAAAACGAGACCGAUUGGAAUUUUGCAGCACAGGUGCUGCAGUAAUUUUUACCCUAUCAACGACGAUGUAUUUGGCCUAACCGACGAACAAAAACAGCUGAGGGAGUUAGCAUUCCAGUUUGCACAGAAAGAGCUGGCACCACAUGCUGACAAAAUAGACAAAGAGGAUUAUUUUCCAGAGAUGAAGGAUUUCUGGAAGAAACUGGGAGAACUUGGAUUUUUGGGAAUUACUGCACCAGGAGAGUAUGGUGGUGCUGAAGGCAGCUACAUGGACCAUGUGUUAGUGAUGGAGGAGCUGUCCAGAGCACAUGGUGGCAUAGCGCUGAGCUAUGGAGCACAUUCAAACCUAUGUGUCAAUCAGAUUGUCAGAAAUGGAAAUGAGAAACAGAAAGCAAAAUAUUUGCCUAAGUUAAUCAGUGGUGAGCACAUUGGGGCCCUAGCCAUGAGUGAGACCACCAGUGGCUCAGAUGUGGUCUCCAUGAGACUCACUGCAGAACACAAAGGCGACCACUAUUUGCUGAAUGGUACCAAGUUCUGGAUCACAAAUGGCCCGGAGGCAGAUGUUCUUGUUGUUUAUGCUAAAACAGAGCCCAAAAAGGCACAACAUGGAAUUACCACUUUUCUUAUUGAAAAGACAAUGGAAGGUUUCAGUGUGGGAAAGAAGCUGGACAAACUGGGGAUGAGGGGAUCCCCCACUGGAGAACUUAUCUUUGACAAUGUCAAAGUGCCAGUGGAAAAUGUGGUUGGUGAGACAAACAAGGGGGUCUAUGUGUUGAUGAGUGGGCUUGAUAUUGAAAGGCUGUUCCUAGCUGCUGGCCCAAUAGGUAUUAUGCAAGCUGCCUGUGAUAUGGCUUUCCAAUAUGCUCACGAAAGAGAACAAUUCAACCAGAAGAUUGGAACUUUCCAGUUACUCCAAGGUAAGAUGGCUGACAUGUACACUAUCCUGAAUGCCUCCAGAUGUUAUGUGUAUAAUGUUGCCAGGUCCUUGGACAGAGGGAAUGUCAUACCCAAGGACUGUGCUGCUGUUAUACUGUACACAGCUGAAGCAGCAACAAAAGUUGCAUUAGAUGCCAUUCAGAUACUGGGUGGAAAUGGAUACAUUAAUGAUUAUCCAACAGGUCGUUUCCUCAGAGAUGCCAAGCUGUAUGAGAUAGGGGCUGGUACCAGUGAAGUGAGAAGACUAGUCAUAGGCAGGAGCCUUAAUGCUGAGUAUGGUGUAAAAUCAAGGUGAAGGUCAUCAAGUUCAAGGUCUACCAGGAAGAGAUGCUAAAAGCAUGCCUUAUAUAUAUUGCCAGUUAAAAUGUUUCCAUUCAGGGAAAUUAAAAAAUGCAUUUAGAUAUUUCAUGUAAAUGAGAUUGCUACAGUCUGCUUCAAGUACUGGGUGAAUCAGAGAAUGGUAGAAAUAUUGGAAAAACAAGGAAUCAUGACUUCAAUUUAAUUGAAUGAUUGUUUUUCCUUCCCAAUUAAUAACUAUUUGACCAUGUUUUUUUAUCAACCACAUUGUCAAUUCGCACAUUGAAGGAUGCAUUUUGUUGGUGGGAUAAAAGGUGUUGAGUUGAAUGCUGAUUAUUCUCUGAGGAUUUCACACAAUAUGGAAGCAAUAGUAUAAAUUUCAGGGUGAAGGGUGGGUUUUAUGAUGUAAUCUUAAUUGCUGGAAUAUUUUUGAACAAGUGACACAAAUAUGAGUACAGACUGAUUUACUACUGUAAUGAAUGCUGCUCAGCAAUUAUUUAUUUUAUUUAUUUGAAAUUAAACUAUCUAGAAUUCACCAUAAUAUAUUACUGGUGAAAAAAAAACUGAAAGUUAUAUGUAAGGGUUAUGUAUGUCAGUGUAUCACUUCAUCAGGAAUUUACGGUACAAAUGGCAUUGACUGAAAAAAAUAGAUCUGGUUUGUUCACUUGGUUCAUAACAAUAAAUAAAAACCUUAUUUACUGAA